CGUCGAACGGAAUCGUAGAAAAGCGCCUGUGAGGGAGCUCCUCUCAGGCUAAUCAAAAUCAGAGCUUUGUCACUCGUACAGUCGCUCAGAGAAAACCGUGGGAUCUAUUUCGUGUAUCGCAAUCUUAUUGAUGACCCAGGAACGAGCGAUAUAGAAUCUGUGACUGACAGGUAUUCCCUAUUUUCAGACGUUCCUUAUUAUGUAAUUUAGGUUUCGGCGUUAUGUAAGGUUGCCCGAAAAGCGCGUUAUUUUGGUUGGUGCUGUGCAGUGUGUCAAAAUAUGUUUAUUUGAGCGAAAGAGUGUUGUGUUAUCUGCAAAAUGGCGGACUUGGAGGCAGUGCUGGCCGAUGUCAGCUACCUUAUGGCUAUGGAGAAGAGCAAAUGCACUCCAGCUGCGAGGGCCAGCAAAAAAAUUGUGCUACCUGAUCCUAGUGUGAGGAGUGUUAUGCACAAAUAUUUGGAGAAGAAGAACGAAGUGAAUUUCGACAAAAUUUUUCACCAAACGUUAGGUUACUUAUUGUUCAAAGAUUUCUGUGAAAAUGUUUCGGAAAUUCCUGUUCCUCAGUUACGGUUCUACGAAGAGAUUAAAACUUACGAGAAAUUGGAAUGUCAGGAGGAAAGAAUGAAACAUGCAAGGGAUAUCUAUGACAACUUUAUUAUGAAAGAACUCUUGGCGAGAACCCACGACUACAACCCAGAAUGUUUACAGCAUGUUCAAAGGCAUAUAAUCAAGAACGAUGUACCUCCAAACCUAUUUGAGCCUUACAUAGAAGAAAUAUACAACCAUUUAAGGGAUGAACCCUUCAAGCAAUUUUUAGAAAGUGAUAAAUAUACUAGGUUUUGCCAAUGGAAAAAUUUAGAACUAAAUAUUCAGCUAACCAUGAACGACUUCAGUGUCCACAGGAUAAUAGGGAGGGGGGGUUUCGGCGAGGUGUACGGCUGCCGGAAGGCCGACACGGGAAAGAUGUACGCCAUGAAAUGUCUAGAUAAGAAGAGGAUAAAAAUGAAACAGGGGGAGACCCUGGCACUGAACGAGAGGAUAAUGCUCUCCCUAGUUAGUACAGGUCAAGACUGCCCAUUCAUAGUUUGUAUGACGUAUGCAUUUCAUACGCCGGACAAGCUGUGUUUCAUACUGGACCUCAUGAACGGCGGCGAUCUGCAUUACCAUCUGAGCCAACAUGGCGUCUUCAACGAGGCCGAGAUGAAGUUUUAUGCUGCCGAGGUCAUUUUGGGUUUGGAACACAUGCACGGAAGAUAUAUUGUAUAUAGAGAUUUAAAACCAGCAAAUAUUUUGUUAGACGAACAUGGACACGUUAGAAUAUCCGAUUUAGGAUUAGCCUGUGAUUUUUCGAAGAAAAAACCCCAUGCAAGCGUAGGUACUCAUGGUUAUAUGGCCCCCGAGGUAUUAUCGAAAGGCACUGCCUACGACUCAAGUGCGGAUUGGUUCAGCUUCGGCUGUAUGCUUUAUAAAUUACUGAAAGGACACUCACCAUUUCGCCAGCACAAAACCAAAGAUAAACACGAGAUAGAUAGAAUGACAUUAACUACGCUUCUCUCAAAUUUUCAGAAUGUUGAGCUUCCAGACGCGUUCAGCAAAGAACUGAAGUCUUUGUUGGAAGGUUUGCUGCAGAGGGACGUGGAUAAGAGGUUAGGCUGCAAGGGCAGGAGCGCCGAGGAGGUGAAGGAACAUGCCUUUUUCGCUGGUAUCGAUUGGCAGCAGGUGUACCUUCAGAAGUAUACGCCUCCACUUAUCCCACCUAGGGGAGAAGUUAAUGCUGCAGAUGCCUUUGAUAUUGGUUCAUUUGAUGAGGAGGACACAAAAGGAAUAAAGCUGGGCGACCAGGAUCAAGAAUUGUACAAAAACUUCCCGUUAGUUAUAUCAGAGAGGUGGCAGAAUGAGGUUUCUGAAACAGUCUUUGAAACCAUAAACUUCGAAGCUGACAAGGCAGAACAUAAAAGGAAAGCUAAACAGAAGAAACUGUUUGACUUGGAUGAAAAAGAGUCAGACUGCAUUCUUCACGGCUAUAUAAAGAAAUUAGGAGGACCUUGGAAUUCCAGUUGGCAGAUGAGAUAUGCAAAAUUGUAUCCCAAUAGACUGGAAUUGCAUCCAGACUCUGCCAAGCCUGAAAUGGUCUUCAUGGACCAAGUUGAUGAAGUCAGUUCAGAGUUAGUGCAAGUAAAAAAUGAGCAAUGUAUAGUCAUUACACGGAUAAAAGAUGGAAAAAUCAUCCUUACAAAUCCCGAUGAAAUAGGCCUAAGAGAAUGGCUCACCUCCCUCAAAUCUGCUCACAAACUAUCACAGGAACUAUUAGGCUCAAUGGCAAAAAAGGCGGGUAAAAUCUACGGUACAGAUUCCAACAACCGCAAUGCUAUAAUAACUCGUAAUACCAACGGUAACUAAAACCUAGGACUGAUGUAAUUCGAGUGAAGAUUAGUGGUAUCGAAUGCCUUCAGACCAAACCUGGUACAGGCCUCAAAUUGUAAACAGGCUAAAGAAGGUUUCAAAUUCUUUAAUGCAAUAUCGUAUGACCCACCAUUGACGUUGUUAAGCUCCCUAUUUUUUAAGAUUAAUACAAUUCGGUUUUGUAUGUUAUCGUGUAGUAAACAAAAAUGAAGCAUAUUACUCAUGACAACCAAUGUAUUUCUAGAUUAUUGUAGUAUUGAAAUGUUAUUUAUAAUUUUUAUUUAUAUUGUUGCAAUUUUUUGUAGCUUAAUGCAUUUAAUGUUGUAAAGAAGAAAUUUACUUGUAAUAACUAUUUAUUUUAUUGUACAUUCUAUAAUAACUGUUCUAUAAAUGUUUUACUAUAUUUUCUUAUUUGUUUUUAUUGUUAGAAAAGAUUUGUGCACUAUUCCAAACUGGUUGAUCGCCAUCGAUAAGAACAUUUUCGAAUUAUUGAUCAAAUUGAGGAAUUAAGAAUAUCGCUUUUUCUAUUUCAUCAUACACUCUGAAGGCUAUUAAGCAAUCAAGCAAAUUUCAAAAUGAAUCCUUUAAAAUUGUAAUUCCAUUUCAAAGUGCCUUUAUUGAAGACAAUUCAAAAACUUUUGAAUUUCCGAAUUUUCUCAAUUAACUGGACAAUUUCAGGAACAUAUCAUGUCAAUUCAAAACGUGAAAAAAAGAAAGAAAUAUGUAUUUUUGGAAGGUUUGUCGGUCGGAAUUGAAAGAAUACGGGUAAAAAAAAUACAUUCGCACAAUUUUGAAAAAAGUUUCAACAAGGUAUAGUUUCAUUUUAGAAAUAAAACCAUUGAAUGACACUCCUGUAUUGACUAAGGUAAUUUGUUUUAAUUCAAUUCAAAAGGUGUCAUCUCAUCCCUUUUUUGAAGUAAAAGUUCUUCCAAAAUUGACUUACACAAGAAUGAUAUAAUUGCUAUACUAUUAUAACGUUGUAAAUUCAGCAAAAAAUUCAUAAAGUGCUGCCAACAUCACCACAGAAAAAACCUAUAUUUCGUUUUACAGAUUCAAAUGACAUUUAAAGGACAGUUAACAAAUAUCCUCUGUAAAAAUUUUUAUAUUUAGGUAUAUUUCAUUGAGAUUCUUGUGGAAUCCAAUAAAGGUCAUAAGAAAUUCGAUGUUAACUUAAUGUCAAUGUAUAUUCCUUGAACAAACAUGUUCAGUAAUCUCACUGGUACCAACACCAAGCUAAGAAAUGUUAGGAUAGCUUGUAAUGCCAGCAGCCUUUGUAAAUAUCUGCUUCAAAGUUUUAACAACAUUAUUUCUUAAAUUUUAACAUCCGAUACACUCGUGCAACACAAAAAAUUUAGUUUGAAAUGGAAUUUUUUGUGAAAGAGGGAGAGCAGAAUAUUAUAGAUACUCCACUGUAUAUCAUUUCAUUAUAAUUCUGCUUUCUUAAUUCACAUAAUUUAGAUCCACUCAAAAUUUCAGAUAGUUAUUUUUAAUUUUUGAAAAUCCAAACACAUUAUUAUAUACAGAGUGAGCCUUUGACUUGUACAUAUAUUUUAACAGUAGAUUUUUGAGGUCAAAAGGAAAACUUUUUUCAUUUACCAUUUUUUCCGAUUCGGCCUAGAUGAAAUAUAUGUAUAAUUCGAAGAUUCACCCUGUAUAAGCUGCUGAUAGAAUAUAUUAUUGAUUCACCUGUAUAGUGUACAAUAUAAACACAGCAUCCAUUCAAUAAAGUUUCAAUCAUCCCUAAAACUUAAAAAACUUCAUAUUUCAGAGAACUUCUUCAAUCAGGAAAAAUCUUGGCAGAAAUUACAUCUCAAUUUUAUUGGUUUUCGAUUUGAGGUUUAAAUAAGACAAAAAUAUUCGGGAAUUAAGCUAAUUAUUCGAUUUUAUAAUUUCCGAUGAAUGCUUGAAUUUAUUGAAAUAAGUACAUAAACUCUGAUAACCCACAAAUUCUUAGUAAAUAUUAUACAAACAAAUAUAUUCAGUUUCUUUAGCGUAAUUACUUAAUACUCACAUUAUCUACAUUCUUUUUUUUUAAUAAAACCAAUAAAAAAAUAAUUACUAUGGAAAACAGUAUUUCAACAUGUAUUUACGAAAAAAAAAUUUUUUAAGGUCAUUCAGAAGAUCUCAGUAUACUGAUAUAUUUGUCCAAUACUGGUUGAAAUAGCUACGCUCUACCAGUAAAUUUUUGUUUCUGAACAUGACAACAUCGUGGUCGAAACUUUAAAUAUUUGUAAAGAUUCUGUAGAUUAAGUGUAGUUACUUCAACCUCAGUAGUAAAUCGAGUUCGCUGUAAAUUCAAUAAAUUUCAUCAAAUAGGUCAAAUACAUAUGACUUAUUUGAAUUAAAUGAUAGCCUGCUACACUAUUGAAUUCUUAGAGGACAAAUAUUUCAGACUGAAAUAUCUUAUCGAUAUACUUACAAACAUUAUUAAUAGGUAAAACUUUUACACCUAUAGGUACUGAACAUUAUUUUUAUGAAUUGUAAAAAAAUAUAGCCAUAGUUAUGAGGAGUGUUUCUGGAUGUUAAAAUAUUAGCUCUACUUUUUGACUUCUAGAAUGCUAAUAAUAAUUUUGUAAAUUUUGUAUAUAUUCUCAAUCUUUUAUGCAUGUAUCUUAAAAACUGUACACCUCAUCACUUUUUAAUCUUACAACUAACCCCCUAAUCAAGAGAAGUAUGGCUUCUCUUAAAAUGUAGGAAUAUUUCUUCCAAUAAGUGUGUAAUGUAGACUUAUGCUUUUGUAAUAAUCCUAAUAUGAACCUUAAAAGAAAAUCGUUCUCAUCUUGAUAAACUCUAUAUAACCUAUAAAACAAGAAGGGUAUAUACAUAUUUCUGAUAAGUGCCAUUCAUUUCAUAUUCUCUGGGAUAUUUUCAAAACAAAGUUUUUGUAUAAUAAUUUUGAAAUUGACUGUUACAAGAUUAUAAAAAAAAACUUGUGGCUUAGUGCAUUCAAAUUAUUUUGGAAAAAAACAAUAUUGGCUAAUAUCGAAUUCCAUUUUUUCAAGAGGAAAUUUUUUUGAGACACUGCCUGUAUAUUUUUGUGAAUUUUGUAAUUUGCCAAUGAAAAUCAAAAUCGAAAAUGUUCUGAUGGGUAAUUAUCGUUUUAAAGAGCCUAAUUAAUAGUUGCUUUCUGUUCCUUAGAGAAAUUUUAUAGAAUGUUGAUUUCAGUGUGAACUAGAAUAAAUGAGAAAAUAUCAAAAAGCCAAAAUUAUAUGAAUCAUGCGUUUAAGUUAAGUAAGUUAUAUUUUCAGUAGAGACUGCAUAUAUUGAAUUAUUGACCAAUAAUAGAGUAUUGUACCACAAUGGAGACUGUCAGUAGUAGAGUUUAAUCUAAAAAAAUACGGCGUCAAUAGAACCUGUAGAAAACCUUUUGGGUAUUAAAGUUCACUUAAACAUUUAGAAGCUGGAUGAAUUUUGGUUUUAGGUUUCGAUAGUUUUAUGUGUCUUCUUUGAAAGAACAAUAGAAUUUAUUUUUUUCAGUCUUUAGAUGUCAAUGUUGUAAAUUUUGCAUUAAAGUCACAUUAAUAGAU